AUGGCGGACCAUGAGGAAAGUGAAAAUACAAUGAUAACAGACGAAAUUAAUAAAGGAGAAGUGGGUGACGACGACAACCGAGAUGAAGAAAUGAAAAGUGACAAUGAGGACAGUUCAGACUCUGAUUCUUCGGUUAGUGACAGCGAGGACAACGAAGGCAUUCAAAAUGAGUUGAAAGUGCAAGACCUCUUGCAAAAGAUUGAGGAGAACCCAUAUAUGUAUGACUCCCACGUAGAAUUGAUAAAGAUUCUGCGCCAGAUGGGUGAGCUUGGUCGGCUCAGGGAUGCUAGAGAGAAGAUGAGUGAACUUUUUCCUUUGACAGAAGAGCUCUGGCUUGACUGGUUACGAGAUGAGAUACCACUGGCCACAGAGGAGACCGAGAGAAGUAAACUUGAACAGCUGUUUGAGAGGGCAGUCAAAGAUUAUCUGUCUGUACAGAUUUGGCUGGAGUAUGUACAGUACUCCAUAGGAGGAAUGGGCCUGAAGGGCGGUAUUGAUCGUAUACGUGCUGUGGCAGAGCGUGCUCUGACUGCUGCCGGACUUCAUGUCACUAGAGGGGCCUACCUGUGGGAGGCCUACCGUGAGUUUGAGAAUGCAAUUCUGGCAGGUUUACUGCCACAACCUGGUCAGGUAGCCACCCAAGAGCAGGAGGAUUUGUUCAAGGCCCAACACCAGAGAGUGAACUCCCUUUUUAAGCGACAACUGUCCAUUCCUUUGUUUGAUAUGACAGAGACCUACAGUGAAUACCACGACUGGCUACAGGAGAAGUUAGACAACUAUACAGAACAAACCUACAAAAAAGCCUGUACUAGACUGGACAGGAUCAAACCUCUGGAGGAGUCAUUGGAAUCCAGCGAAUCACCAAGACUUGAGGAAUACAGGGCUUAUAUAGAAUUUGAGCUGAAAGAGGGGGAUCCAACCCGCAUACAGUGUGUGUUUGAACGUGCCAUACAGGAAAAUAGUCUCAACUCAGACUUGUGGCUUCAGUACACUAAAUACUUGGAUGAGAAGUUGAAGGUCAAGUCAGUGGUGCUACCUGUGUAUGAACGAUCUGUUCGGAACUGUCCUUGGUGUGGAAAACUCUGGCACAAAUACAUGCUUGCUAUGGAACGACAUCAAGAACCUCAUGAUAAAAUCAAAGAUCAUUGUAAACAUUGGAUGAACAUGACAGCAGGCUGGGAUGAAGAACAUGAAGAAGAAUUGGAGCUGUUUCGUCUGACACUUGAGAGAGCUGUUGAACACUUAGCUGAUUAUGAAGAUGGUGACCCAUUUGGAACAUUAAGGCAAUACUGGGCAAAUAUUGAGGCAAAAUUCUGUAAGAAUGUGGUAAAAGCUAGAGAGAUAUGGAACGAGAUCAUGACUGAAGGACACGGCAACGAGGCUACAAUGUGGCUUGAAUUUUACAAAAUGGAGAGAAUGUAUGGAAACAACAAACAUUGCAGGAAAGUGCUGACAAAGGCACUCAACUCUGUUACAGACUGGCCGGAGAGCAUAGUAGAAGCUUACACCAAUUUUGAAAGGGAAGAAGGUAACAUGGAAGAUUAUGACAUUGCUGUAACAAAAUGUGAGGCACAGAUGGCAAGGAUCAUGGAGAGACGGCAACAGGCAGCAGAGAAGGAGGCAGCUAUUAUGGAGCAAAAGAAGCAGGGGAAAAGUGAUAAAAAAAUCCAGAAAAAGGGUCAGAAAAGCACAAAUCAACAAAGAACCAAUCAGUUUCAUGGCAAGCAAAGGUCAGAGGCUGAUCAGAGUCAAAGGUCAACUGGUGAACAAAGUUCAGGAGUGAAAUCAAGAUUAACAGAUCAACCAGAAAAAAAUGUGGAAGAUUCAGAAAAUGUUGGACAAAAGAAAGGAGAAAAAAGAAAGUUAGAAGAAUCAGUUGAUUUUAAGGUUCCACCACCUCCAGGCUUCAAGGGGCCAAAGUCUACCUCCCAAGGUCCACCGCCAGGCUUUAAAGGACCAAAAUCUAGUUCUAUGGGUCCUCCACCAGGCUUCAAAGGACCAAAACCUGGUUCUAUGGGUCCUCCACCAGGCUAUAAAGAACAAUCAAACAAUACGUCAGAGACGCCUGCAAAGAAAGCAAAACUAGAUUCCGACACCACAGGACAGCAUGGCGGUGAUGGUGACUUCACUGCAGACCCAGCCAUGCAGAACAGGACAGCCUUUGUCAGUAACCUUGACUUUUCUAUAGGCGAGGAGAAACUUGGUGAAUUGUUCUCUUCGUGUGGUGAACUUACAGACAUUAGGAUUGCAAAGAAUUUCAAAGGCAAAUCAAAAGGGUUUGCUUACAUAGAGUUUAAGGACGAGUUCGGUGCAAUGAAUGCCAUAAAGCUUGACCGAAAGUUGGUGGAGAAUCGUCCAAUGUAUGUCUCAAAGUAUGAGGAGAAGGGCAAAAACAAGGCACAGUUCAGAUAUUCUACCAGUAUGGAGAGGAACAAACUGUUUGUGAGUGGUCUCCCUUUUACCUGUACUAAGGACGCUCUACACGUCAUGUUUGGAACGCAUGGUCAGAUAAAGGAUGUGAGAAUAGUGACAUACAAGAGUGGGGCCCCCAAGGGACUAGCAUAUGUGGAGUAUACAGAUGAGCAAGAUGCAGCACAGGCGGUACUGAAGACAGAUGGAAUGAUAAUCGGUGAUCACACCAUUUCUGUCAGCAUAAGCAAUCCCCCAAGUCGUAAAACUCCACUCAAUGAACGCGAUGACCAAGUCUAUACUCCUUCUCUUGGAUCCGGCAAAAAAGAGACAGAGACGCGGGGAAAAGCAAGGACACAGCUAAUGUUGUUGCCUAGAUCCGUGAAAAAACCUGCAGUGAGUGGAGGACCUGUGAAAACUUCAAACGAUCAAGACAGUGCUAGCAGAACAAAGAGUAAUGGGGAAAGUACAAAUAGUCAGAGCACCACGGGGAUGAGCAACGCAGACUUCCGAAGUAUGUUGUUGAAAAAAUGAGUCAACCAGUGGACACCUAAAAUAAAGUAUUAAUAUGUAGUCGAGACAAGGCUGAAAAGAGGCUACCAGUGUUUGACCACAGUAAAAAUGAAGAGACAUUUGGGUAGAUGAUAUGGCUGUUGUAAGUGUGACAGAUGACCUCAGUAAAAACAAAGUGAACAGUUUACUUUACGAGUGAUUGACCACAGCAAAAAAAUGAGGUGACUGGUAGUAGAGUACAGAUGAAGUGGGACGAUGGUUGGUUAGAAGUUUUCCAUCUCUGUGACUCCUCCUAUCUCUAGGUGUUGUUUCACCAAUGAAUGUCAGUGUUCUGAUGAUGUGUGAGAUGAUCCGAUUGUUUUGAUGAAGUGAAAUGAAUGACAGAUAUAUAGCAGAAAAAAUAAAUCACCAUGAUCAAUGAUUGUAAAAGUACAUAAGUGUUCGUCUGAAUGUCUACAUCAGUAGUGCUACUGCAAGAGGAACUUUUGGGUGUCGUUGAAGUGGGAGACUGAUUUAUAAUGAGAAAGGCAGUGUGAUGUGAUUUCUCUGAUAUCCGGACAUCAAUGUAUUUUGGAGAUGCAAGUAUUUAAAGAUUAAAUGUAUAAGUGUCUGUCAGUAAUAAAAUCUCUUUUGUCAUACUCUUACCUGUACUUAGAUGACCAUGGUCACUUUGUAAUAAUGAUAGCUGUUAGAUUAAAAAUAUGGUCCUCGUUAAUUCAAGUUUGUAACUUUUAUGAUACUGUUGUGGUUCUCGCUGAAAGUGCUUGUUAUUAUUUUGAUUAAAUUAGAUUGAUUAUUUUUUAAUUGGAAAAGUGAUCACUUUCUGAGGUAUGAUUAGUUUUUUUUGGGGUGUACUACAUGUGUACAUACAUGCAUUAUGCACAUUGUGUUGGAGUCCUACAGUAUAUUUUAUGUUGGGGUAAUUAAUGAGAACUAUGAGAUUGGAGUCCCAGGUGUCAUACCUUUACUAUUAUAACAUUUGACUCUAAGAUGAUUGUUGUUAAAGAAAUGAAAUAUAUUUGAAUUUUACAUCAGAUGUAGAUUUAAGGCCUUAUUUGUGCUAUUAAUGUAGAUGUUUCUGUCGUUAAGGCACUGUCUUUAUAUUCCCCACUCAGUAAAAGAGGGGUAAUAUUUGCUUUGUUUGUACAAAUGUCUGUAGUACAAAGUUUGUUUGCCAGGUAUUUCAUACAUCCCUUGACAGAUAUAAUUUAUAUUACAAUCAAAACACCAAACCACACAUUCUACAUCUGACUGGAUUUUGGUGGUCAUUGUCUAAGGUUAAAAGGUCAAAGGUCACACCAGACCUCUUUUGAAAUAAAAGAUUGUGUGCAAGAUAUCUUAGAUAGACCCCUUAAUUCAUUUAGUUCAUAUUCACAACAUACAAGUACCACACCAUUAACUUUUUAAAUUUUGAUAGUCAUAGGUCAAGGUCAAAGGUCAUACUCUCCAACAUUUGAAAUAAAAAGCAUGUUUACAAGAUAUCUCUUGAACCUGUUCACAGAUUAAAUUCAUAUUCACACCAUAAUUUCAUAACAUUAAAUUUUACGCCUGAUUAGAUUUUGGUAGUCAGAGGUCAAGGCUGACGGGUUAAACGUCACAGUUGAUUACAUUUGAAAUUUAAAGGUUUGGGGAUGGAGUAUAUCUAAAACAUUGCUAUAUUUAUGUGUUUCUUAUGAAUUAAACUAUAUCUACAGACAAGAUUUAUUCAAUUGUGUUCAGUUUUCUUAAACAGAUAGUUGAUUAAGAUAUUGUUAAGAUUUUGUUAGGAUUACCUAAGUUGGGUAUACAUGAAAUAAAGAAAGACAACUCCAUCUUUGAUUUUAUUUUUAAGACCGAGUGUUAUUCAGUUUUAUGUAGUUUAAAGAACUUCUUAUCUUACUUGUGAUAAGUAAAUAUCAGUGGAGAUUUUAACAAACAUGU